AUGAUGAUGGAGAGAAUUGAACGCACCAAGACAGGAAAGAAUACCACUUGCGAUGAGAAGGCUCUUGAACCCUUCGCGCGACGCAUUUGCGAAUUAAUUUCUCAACGGAACGAAGACGCUGCUACGCAGGCGGACAUUCGAGAAAAGCCAUGUCCCGACCUCCCUACAAACCAAACGGAUGAUUACAAAACCAAAGAACCGACACCAGCACCCGUUCGGACUACGGAAAGAAAUCCAUUUCCCGGGGAUCCGCCCUCGGCCGAAGUCUCACCAGAGAAACUUACUUGGAGUAUCCCAUACCACACCGAAGUAUCUCCAACUCCAACACUACCAUACAAAGACACACCGGCGGGAGAAAGCAAGGAGCUAUCAGCAGUAAACGAUAUCCAGCAAAGCUCGGGUACUGGCAAAAGAACGCGUGACAACAGUACCAUGAGCCCCGAGGUCGAGAUUCGGCCUGCCAAACAGCAGCGAAUCAAGGAAGAACCGGUUACGGACAGCGAAGACACUCUCUCAUCAGACGACACCGAGGAACUCUUUGAUGUUCUCUGCUGA